AUGUCGGAGCUGAGCAAGUGCUUCUAUCAAGUGACGGCUGGGCGUUCCUGUCGCGAUCUGUGCCAUCCGGAGUACGCCACAUGCUGGCAGUCGUUUUUAGGCAUCACGAAGACGCUACUACCUGGCAGUUAUAAGCUGUACCUUACGCUAUUGGUGAUCCCACCGCUGGUGAAAGGAGGCGGCUACACCGCACAAUACUGGAAGAACCACAUCCUAGGCUACGCGUCAAUCUCGUUCAAAACCUACCUCCAAGCCAUCAGCGGGUUGACGUUGCAAUGUUUGCUCUACAAGCUGUUCGGCAGACUGCACUACUACGGUUUAAUGGGUGUGCCAGGAUUUGUCAGUGCGGCGUUGGUACCGAAGCUACCCAAGGUACACCUGCGUCUUCAGGGCAUCACCUACUUCAACAUGAUGCUGGAAGUUAUGAUCAAGAAGAGUGGCCUGCGCUGGAUGCAAAUCCUACGCCAGUCGAAGCUAUGGGCCUCGGUUUGCUUCAUGCUGUUCAGCGCCAAAAUCAUGCACGUGCUUCGAGCUGGGACAGUCAACCAGUUCUGGAUCAUGUAUCCAGCAACGGAUACAACGGAUGAUAAAUCACCCGUCAAAAAAGGUCCUUGUCUGCAUGGCAUGUCCUGUCAGUCGUACGUGCUUGAUGGUAUCUGGAAGUAUGCGCUGGCUGGUUUCACCAUCGAAGCCGCACGUGGUCUUAUCUCUAAAGGCUCGCUGAUGUACGGACAACCUUCCCGGUUCCUGCUGGAGCUACGUAAGACGGUUGGGCUUGCGUUACCCUUAUUCCUCGCGAGCUACGUCGGUGGUUUCCGUGCCAUCAGCUGCUGGCUGGCCCAUUACACCGGCCGGGAAAGUCCCCAGCAUGCGAUACUCGCUGGCCUUCUCAGUGGUGCUAGCUAUCUGCUCUACCCGAAGUACCAAAUAUUCACCCUCGGAUUCACCAAAUUCCUCGAGAUGUCCUGGGAGCACUAUCUCAACACGGCCAAGGUCAAGACCCGCUGGAUGGAGUUGCUACAACGUGUGCCCUUUCUGCGCCUGGUGCACAUGAUCUCGAUCGGGUACAUGUACCAUGCGUUGGUAUUUCACGCGCAUCUCUCACCACCAUUCAACUCAAAAUGCGUCAACUAUUGCUCUGACUUCCGCGUGGAACACCUCAAAAGGCGGCUCGUCUCGUGGAUGCUCGAGCACUCCUGGAGCAGCUGCUGACAAUGUCACCAACCGACACCUCAACCAUCCCCCCGAAAAAAAAACCAACAAUCAACACACAUUCCCACAUCAACGCAACAGACAAUAUUCUA